CCUAAAAUCGUAUACGUCAAUCGAUAUGGCACCGAAAGCCAGUGGAAAGGCCGUUAAGAAAUCUGGCAAGGCGCAGAAGAACAUUGUGAAAGGUGACAAAAAGAAGCGGAAGCAACGCCGCAAGGAAAGUUAUGCCAUCUACAUCUACAAGGUGCUAAAGCAGGUCCACCCGGACACCGGAGUUUCGUCGAAGGCCAUGAGCAUCAUGAACAGUUUUGUUAAUGACAUUUUCGAACGCAUUGCAAACGAGGCCUCCCGCCUGGCUCAUUAUAAUAAGCGUUCGACGAUAACGUCCCGUGAAAUCCAAACCGCCGUCCGUUUGCUGCUGCCAGGAGAGUUGGCCAAACACGCCGUCUCGGAAGGCACAAAAGCCGUUACCAAGUACACCAGCUCCAAGUAAAUUCUUCUGAACAAAUCUGCCCAAAUAAAA